AUGCAAUGGAAGCAUAUGAACAGUCCACCAUCAAAGAAAUGUCGAACAGUGCCAUCAGUUGGCAAUGGAAAGUCAACAGUAUUCUGGGACACACAGAGCAUAAUCCUCAUUGACUGGCUGGAAUUUAAGGCCAUGAUUAACAGUGCAGCAUAUGUGGCACCUCUUAAGCGCUUACAUCGCGCCAUUCAAACUAUGUGGAAUCAAUUUACCUCUUUUGCUGCAUGCAUCAAGGGCAUCCUAGGUGCAGAUGCGAUAAGAAUUGAAUCCUGUGCCCGAGAAGUUGUCCUUGGCCUGCGCAAAGAUCCUGGCUGUCUGACAGCUUUGCGUUCCCUGCGGCUGCAUGACCCAGUGGAUUUGCUGCCAUUGCUAAGCCCCAUCACAUUUUCACGGCAUGUCUACAACAAAAUUUUGGAAUCAGAAAACAUCCAACUCCAGACAUUGGCAUAG